GCAAUUCCAAUUGCAAAUUAAUUUAAGACUCCGCGCACGCUAUGGGAGUACCAGCAUUCUUCAGAUGGCUCAGCCGUAAAUAUCCCAGCGUCAUUAUAGAAUGCGUGGAAAAUAAAGAAGUUGACCCAGAAUCGGGCAAGAAUAUUUAUCCCGAUGCUACACAGCCGAAUCCGAAUGGCAUCGAAUUCGACAAUUUGUACUUGGACAUGAAUGGCAUCAUUCAUCCGUGUACACAUCCGGAAGAUAAACCUGCACCCAAAAAUGAAGACGAGAUGAUGGUCGCCAUAUUCGAUUGUAUUGAUCGUUUGAUGAAUAUUGUAAGGCCACGCAAGGUGCUGUAUAUGGCCAUUGAUGGCGUGGCACCCAGGGCCAAAAUGAAUCAACAACGUUCAAGACGUUUCCGAGCUGCCAAGGAAUCGGUUGAAAAGCGUUUGGAAAUGGAGAGGAUACGCAGUGAAUUGUUGGCCAAGGGAUGUGUUUUGCCGCCAGAGAAGGAGAAGGGCGAACAUUUCGAUUCCAAUUGUAUUACCCCGGGAACGCCAUUUAUGGAAAGACUGUCACAGUGCCUGCACUACUAUGUGCACGAUCGUUUGAAUAACAAUCCCGCCUGGAAAGAUAUUAAGGUUAUUUUGUCGGAUGCAAAUGUCCCCGGAGAGGGUGAACACAAGAUUAUGGAUUAUAUAAGGAAACAAAGAGCCCAGCCUGAUCACGAUCCGAAUACGCAACAUGUACUGUGUGGUGCUGAUGCCGAUUUGAUUAUGUUGGGUUUGGCUACCCAUGAACCCAAUUUUACCAUCAUCAGGGAGGAGUUUUUACCCAACAAACCUAAACCCUGCGACAUGUGUGGUCAGUUUGGUCAUGAAAUGGAUAAAUGCCAGGGUCUUAAUGCUGCCGGUGUUAAUGAUGUUACGAAUUUCAAGCCAGACGUACCAAUUGGUUCCGAAGUCAGAUUUAUUUUUGUACGCCUAAGUGUUCUCCGGGAAUAUCUGAAGAAGACUUUGGAAAUGCCCAACCUACCGUUCAAAUAUGAAUUCGAACGGGCCCUGGACGAUUGGGUAUUCAUGUGCUUCUUUGUGGGUAACGAUUUCUUGCCGCAUUUACCAUCGUUGGAGAUUCGAGAAGGUGCCGUCGAUCGUUUGGUGGAACUGUAUAAGAAGUGCGUUUAUCGCACCAAUGGCUAUUUGACCAAUUCCGGUGAAGUAGAUUUGGAUAGAGUGCAAUUGAUUCUAACGGAUCUGGGCAACGUCGAGGAUCACAUCUUCAAGGAACGCCAACGACGUGAAGUGCAAUUCAAGCAACGCGAAAAGAUCAAACGUCGUAAUGAGGCCAAUGCCUACAAUGCUGCCGUAAUGGAACAAUCCGGUUCGUUCAAGUUGAAUGCCCUGGGCAAGGGCAAUGCAAAUCCACUGCCCAUCAUUGAUAACUACAAACAGAAUGCUGCCAAUUUGCGAAAUGCAGCGGGUGGCGCUGGACAGAAACGAACUGCUGCCCAGGCUGGUUUGGAUGAAGACGAAGAGGACGAAUAUGUCAACGAUGAGGUCCGUUUGUGGGAGAAUGGCUUUAAGGACCGCUAUUAUGAAUCUAAAUUUGAUGUGGGCCAAGAAAACCUUGACUUCCGCUACUCCGUGGCAUUGCAAUAUGUACGUGGCCUUUGCUGGGUACUCAAAUAUUACUAUCAAGGAUGUGCCUCGUGGGAUUGGUACUUCCCAUAUCAUUAUGCACCAUUUGCCUCGGAUUUUGUAAACAUUUCGGGCUUGUCGACGCACUUUGCCAAGGGCUCGAAACCAUUCAACCCCCUUGAACAGCUUAUGGGAGUGUUUCCAGCCGCCAGUAGCAGUCAUGUACCGAAACCUUGGGCCACCCUCAUGCAUGAUCCCCAAUCGGAUAUUAUUGAUUUCUAUCCGGAAGAUUUCAAAAUCGAUUUGAAUGGCAAAAAAUAUGCGUGGCAGGGUGUUGCUCUGCUGCCAUUUGUCGACGAAAAUCGUCUAUUCAAGGCCCUGAAACCCUACUAUGGCAUGCUGACGGAAGAGGAAAUUAAACGAAACAAGAGAGGCGAUUGCCGCCUGUACAUCAGUCAGGGCAAUUCAUUCUUUAAGACAUUCGUGAACUACUAUGCGAAGAAUAAAUUUGCCACAACCCCAGAAAUUGAAGUACUCAUGGAUGGUAUGUUCGGUACGGUCUUGGAAGCCGAUGACAAUGUACCGAUAAAUGGUACAUUACCCUCGCCGAUAAUGGGUCUACAUGAUAUUACAGAAAAUCAAGUGGUUACCGUGCGCUUCAGAGAUCCCCAAUACGAUGAAGAUUUCAUAUUCCCAGCAAAACGUCUACAGAAUGCCAUAGAUCCUCCCACAGUUUUGGCACCAGAAGGACGCGAUUCAAAUUAUAAACCACGUAUUGGUUUUAAUCAUGAUAUGCCACAGGCUUAUGUUAGUCAAGCUGGUCAUCGUCAUCUGAAUAAUGCCAUGGGUCAAGGCAACUAUCAGAAUCAGUAUAAUACCCAAGGUUUUAAUUACAACAAUAUGAAUAAUAAUUACAAUAAUAAUAGAAAUUCUAGUUAUGGAAGAGGAGGAGGAGGCGGCGGCGGAGGAGGUGGAGGACGAGGUGGUCCUGUAUAUGGUGGAGCUGGACGUGGUGGUGGCGCUGGCGGUGUACAACGCUUUCAUCCGUAUGGCCAGGGUGGACGUCACCAACAGCAGCAGCAGCCACAUCAACAACAAGGACGAUUCCAACCGAAUCAGCAACAACAGCAAGGAGGAGGCUACGCUUCAUCGUCGUAUCAAAACAGAAACUAUCAACAGCAACCGAAUCGCCGACCAAACAAUAACAACAAUAAUAAUUUCCCACAAAAUAAUCUAUACAACAAGAAUAGUGGCGGCAAUAAUUGGACGAGAGGAGGAGGUGGUGGUGGCGGAGGAGGACGUCGAUACAAUUAA